CUUUUUCCCCCUGCAACUCCCCUUUCCCCGAUUCCCUUACGGAGUACCAUCUCUCCUUAACUGCAUCUCUUCGUGUUUCGUGGGCCGCGUAGCCUGACCUUCCCGUACUCUUACCACAGAAAAUGCAACAGAAGCCUGGUUGCGGGGACGUUCCAUCUUUCUCCUUGGGAAUUGCUUGACAAGUCUUCUUUCUCGCCUUACCAUUGCUUAUUUCUCUCGCCUUUGUGAACUCCCCUCGAUCUCUCUUCUUGUCCUUGGUCGUUGCCGUUAUUCUGCUUUGCUGUUUCAUGUCACACUUUGCCGCCCUGUCCUACGAUACUCUCUUUUGGAUUUCUCAGUUCAAUCCUCGUCGACUGAACACCAGUGUCUGGCGCCUUUACCUUCAUUCUCCGCGAACUUGUACGACGUACCAGAUUCUCGAGGCCGACAGGCGCGAUCCCCCGAACCUGUCCUGCGCACAUUCUUUCACGAUGCGCCUUUUCCCUCUUCUCUGCACGGCGCCGCUCGCCGCGGCAAUUACCCUCGAUACGACCUCAGUUUCCUCCAUCGAGUCAGCUACCUCAGAAAUAGCCUACGACAUGAUGACGAUAUAUACGGGAAAUCAAACAGGUGAAGUACCUGGCCUCCUCCCGGGCUCUUUGAAUUGCAACCCCAAUGUUCUGGGAACAUACUGUUGGUGGGAGGCAGGUGCCAUGUGGGGUUCACUGAUCAACUACUGGCAAUAUACAAAUGAUACGACAUAUAACAAUGUGACCACGGAGGCACUUCAAUUUCAGCGAGGUCCUGACAACAACUACAAUCCUCCCAAUCAAUCCAGAAGUAUGGGAGUGGACGACCAGCUUUUUUGGGCGUUUUCUGCCUUGGACGCUGUCGAAGCGAAUUUUCCCGAAGCCGGUGGCGACAAUCCGUCCUGGCUGUCUCUUGCUCAGGCCGUCUUCAACUUCCAGAGCACACUCUGGGACACUGGUACAUGCGGCGGCGGUUUCAGGUGGCAGGUGUUCUCGUUCAACGCAGGCUACAAUCUGAAGAACUCGAUUUCCAACGGUGGAAACUUCCAACUUGCGUCUCGUCUUGCCUAUAUCACUGGAAACCAAAGUUAUGCCGACUGGGCGAACAUGGUCUGGGACUGGAUGGAGACCAGCCCCUUACUCCAGAUGGACAACACGACUGGAACCUUUUACAUCUGGGACAACACGGAUACAGACAAUAACUGCAGCAGCGUUCAAAACUUUGUCUGGAGCUACAACUACGGCACGAUGCUGUCUGGUGCAGCAUACAUGUACAACUAUACAAACGGCAGCGACCUUUGGCUUGGCCGUGUUGAGAUGAUUUUGAACAGCACCUAUUCCCUCUUCUUCCCACAAGACUUUGGCGGCAAUAUCAUGUAUGAGGUCGAAUGCGAGAAAUCCAUGAAUUGUGACGAAGAUCAGAAGAGUUUCAAGGCCUACCUUGCCAGAUGGAUGGCGGUGACAAGUCUGCUCGUCCCCAGCACAGCUGACUCCAUCAAGCCCAAGCUAGUCGCCAGCGCCGCUGGUGCUGCCGGUCAAUGCGACGGGGGCAGUGACGGUCGGGAAUGCGGUUUGCAGUGGUACACGACAACGUGGGAUGGAUCGACCGGUGUAGGUCAACAGAUGGCUGCCUUAUCUGUUAUGGGUGCCAAUCUUAUUGAUCAAAGCAUGGUACCGCUCUCUUUGAGGACCGGAGCUACGUCCGAAAGCAACCCCGAUGCGGGUUCACAGGCUCCCAGUGAUCCAGCUGCUACUCAGAAACCUAUCACGACAGCUGACAAAGCUGGUGCCGGUAUACUAACUCUCUUUGUGGCUGCCGGUGCCAUUGGCGGCAGUGCUUGGCUGAUACGGUGAAGUCUUAACUAAGGCUUACCAACAGGGAGGGGUGUCGAUGUUGUGUAUGUUCUGUGAAUCUUUGCCGAUGCUUGUCCAAUAUUUACGAAGUUGUAUGAGUCGAAACCUAUAUAUACCUUGUCUUUUGGGGUUGGGAAGGCGUCUAGACCUGUGCAACAUGAAUGUUGGGCUAUUCAGAUAGAACACUGGGCGUGAAACAGGGUUGGAAAGGUAUGCUAGCAUUUGGGUCCGGCUAGUCUUUGGCCAUUUGUUGGUUCGACAUGGCCUGUUGCAGGCCUCAUGAGAGGGGAAAUUCGGCGGGAUUCUCGAGUCAGCGAGCUGGGAGCUGGGAGCUGAGAGCUCAGACGGUUGUCUCAUACCUCUCGGAUUCGGAAGAGGCUUGUGAUUGCCCCUGUGCAGGUCACAACAAUCAAGGAGCAAGUUGCAACUUCCCAGCGUUCUGGGAAAAGUUAUGAUCAAGAUAUGCGGUUGCUGUGAUACCCCACAUGCCUGUGGUGGGUAACAGCGCGCACGCACAUCAGGGAAAUAGAAAUGAAAUAAGAGACCUCAAAGGGCUCCAGCGAGUCACGAACAAUUCUGAA